AUGGAAUCAGGCAAACUGUCUAAAGUCUCAGAUCGCCUGGUUACGCAUCCCCUCAAUCAGGAGGAAGGGAAUCCACUGAAUACGAGUUCCAAAUCCCUCGAAAUGGUUUCUGAAAAUGGCUCAUUACAGCGUAUGGAGAAUGCGAAUAGGGGAUCCUCGGAUCUAUGGAGUCGUAUUAGUCAAACGGCCACAAUCUCAAGCGUUUCUGGAGCGAAGCAGCUACUAUCCACCGUCAGUUUAGGACGUCCAACAAAGGCAGCAGUUGACGAGAGUAGAUCAGUUCUUUCUGGCCCAAGUGAACCUUCAUCGGAUGUGUUUCCGGGUUUCACCAUUACAAAUUCACCGGUUCUGCACCGUAAGCGCUUUACUCCGCCAGCUCGUCCUUCUGGUCUACGAUCCUCUUGGGGGCUGAACACUCCCCAGCUAAACUCGAAUUUUUCUGGGAAGCAGUGUUUAACCUUCCAGCCGGGUUUUCAGAGGUCGGAUGCUGACAUAGAGCCCCCAGACACUUCUCCGGUGUGCACAGUGGACAAGCGUUGCACUACUGCUGGACAUUCUUGCGCUGAUUUGGAUGACAAACAGAUUAUUGCCCUAUGGGAACGCACCGUUGAGCGUUGCCUGAAUUCCGUGAUCGAAAAUGAUGUGCUAGUUGAGGCUCAGGAUCGAAUGGGUUGUGGUUCAGUGGCAUUGUCAAAUAUUCACCCAAAUCCGAAGGAACUUCAGUUGGUUGUUGUCACACAUAAUGGUCGAAAAAUAUGCUGUGCUUCUGGUUUAAGUUUAGUCUACUGGCUUGUGUAUAAUGUUGAGGAAAUGGAUCAUUGUAGAUGGAGGGCGCAUUCCGUCUGUCAAAGAUUUGUGGACCUGUCUUUACUACUUGACCUGAAUCAACCAAAGGGGAAGAUAUUCCGUGACGACUUCACUCCGUACGAACUAAGACCGGUGCGAUCCCCUGUUACAUUAUCGCCUAGCAAUUUGGAACGUAGAGUUUCUUGGCCUGCCACUUCAUUGCCGGGUACAUCGCAUGCUCCGACCGCGAACAACUCAGAUGAGCCAGAUUGGUUACGCGAGAUCGAGGAUUUCUCCUCCCGGGUUUCGAACGAACCGUCCACUAAUUCUCAGCGCAGCCCCACAGCAAGUGACGAUGAGGUUGUCACUGGACAUCGUUCCACUCGGCCAUCAGGGCAAACGUUCGAGGUUGGUGAGGAUGUCCGUCCGCAUGGGGACUCCGUCGAUUGUUCUCCCGUGUCUCGACAUCGCCGAACCGGUGAACUAACAAGUGAUUCAGAAAACGCAUGUAUUGUUCGUGUCCGUCGAGCCCCCCCGGUUGCUGAGGGAACACCUAAACUGGCGUCCAAGUACUCCGAACUGACUGAGCCAAUGAGACUGUGCUAUGAUGAACAUCUUUGGCAACUUGUCCGGCAAGAUAUCCGUGAUAGUCAUUUAAAUGAUCGAUGGACCGCAUCGAUUCUGUCCUUGGCUCGUGCUGUUUGUCAGUUGGUUGUGUUCGAUUUGCGUUCAGCCGGGGCCCGAAUUCCGUCCACUUCGGAGACGGAUAAACCCAAUCCAGAGUCAGCGGACAAUUCAAAUCAGACAUCCGUUCGACCACGAACUGUCUAUUCCCCGAUGGAUAUUCGACACUAUGUGCAUGUGAAGAAAAUGUUAGACACUACCGGGGCAGAAUGUGAGAUCUUUCCGGGCACAAUAUUCACUAAACGGCCCACACAUCGGUUUAUGCCCACAAUGUUGCAUUACCCACGAAUUUUACUCCUGGCCUGUUCCAUCGAAUAUCAACGCACACUGACAAAAAUGACAUGGCUCGAGUCGCAAAUUAUGCAGACUUCUCGUCGUCUGCCUGUUCUAGUCCAGACUGAUCAGUCUAUUCUUCCUGGUGCUGCUCAGCUGAAACGAUACACGGAAGCAGUCGUUUGA